AUGGCGGAACAAAAGGAGUUAAGGGCUGCGCUAACUGCGAUAUCCCUCCGUCUUAGGGUAGAUCUGCUGAGAUCUUCACUGAUAGAGCGAUCUUGCGGUAUCAUCAUGAACACCCAGACUCCACCAAGGCAGCCGCCUCGAUCGUGGGUUUCGCCGAACACCACGCCCAAGAGGACUUCUGCAGGAUCUUCUCCUAGUAGGAGUUUGAAAAGUUCUGGACUUUCACCAAAUGGUCUUCUUGACGACGAGACUAUUUACUUGCUCAGAAACACUGCGCUGGCCCUACCCAGAAACAAAGCCAACAAGUCGCCAGAGGCCAAUAGCAGGAACAUACGGAAUCUGGCCUCGAAACUUUUCAGUUCUCCAAACUCGGGUGGUAACAGACAGGCCCCUACUCUAUCGUCGCAAAGCUCUCACAGAUCUCCUUCAGGAUCACCAUCACUAGGAGAAAGGUCCUACGGUCGGCUGGGAUCUUCUACAGAAACUCUCAAUUCACGGAAUAGCCCAAGCAUCCCACAACUGACCCAGAUAACUGAAAGCUCACCAACCCCACCUGUGCGGCGGGCAAGAAAGGUGCCUGUUUCACGCGAGUGUCUCUACUGUAACGAGUUGCUUACUAAUACGCUGGAUACAGUUGGUUUCGACGAGGAAACAAGAAUUGAAAGAGCCAUAGAGCUGAAAUGUGGUGAAUUUGCACACGAGAAGUGCCUUAUAGUUUUGAUGGAGGAUGCGGACUCGAGUUCUGCAGACGGGUCUCUGAUCGGCAGCCUGAGUGCGGUUUUUCCGGAUUGUACCAAAUGCAACAGAAAAGCUACUCCUUUGGAUCCCAGAGAUAUUGAUCUGCUGCUCACGGCAAGACUGAUGAGCAUCACCAGAAAGGAUGACCAACCAGAAGUGCCAGAGAGUAGACUAGCAGGAUCGCCUGUCAAGAGCGCAACACGACCAUCUGCCACGGUUAGUGCUUUGGGAUCGACUCUUCCCAGACAACACCAACAACAGGUUCUUUAUCGAAACAGUUAUCGAAGUCCGGUGGCUGCUAGUCACAGUCGAAACUCUUCGCUCAGGGUCACUCGAAACGGACUAUCGAAAGCACUUGCUCCACCGGUUGAACUCGAUGCUGGAUUCAUCCCAUCUCAUAAGAAAAGAACAUCACGGGGCUCUUCUGUUUCUGCAAUCAGCUCCAUUAUAUCUUCCGUCAGUGAGUCGUCUGCUUCUUCCACGUUGAGGUUAACACAGGAUGACGAGAUAGACCUGGCUCUGAGACGGUCGCUCUUUCUUAGCUCGUUGCUCGCUAUCGAAUCGCUCAAAUUAUCUGACACAAUACUGGACUCCUUCGGACUGUUGAGACUGGCCGACAAAAUGCUUGUUUCCAAAGAUGAGAUCAAUUGGUCGAUGAGCUAUUGCUAUCUGUUCUCGUACCAACUCCUCAUACUGGACAUCAGUUGCAAAUCUUACUAUACUGUUAGACUGGUUUCUGGUAUGAGCAAUUCAUCACUUGACAUUCCUCAGACAUCCACGGGAAAGCAGUGUAUAUUUAUUUCCACACCUUCGCCUUCGGUGAUCAAACUGGGCACUCUGGACAAAGGUGCCAUUUUCCUGAGCGGAACCGUUUCUCCCAUCGUGGAGAAAUGGGGAGCAGCUCUCAGCGACCUGAAUUUGAUGUUCCCGUCAAACAUGUUAUCAGGCUCUAUUGAACCAGAGACAGAUCUGCAUGGAGCCCCUCCUCGUUCCUCGAGGGCUUCUCUAUCAACGAUCAAACAGCCACCUGUUUCUGCAACUGGAACGAACUCCAUACUGAGCAUGAACCUCGAGAAACCUGCUACCAUCCUGCUGAUUAUCAACCAGCUCACGCCGACGCAGGAAUCGUUAACUGUGAUAAAAAACAUCAUUAUGUCCAUGACGUUGAUCAGAAUAGAGGUUGUGUGUAUAUUCACAUACGAUGAUGUGCCCAGUCUAGAUUCACCAGUGGCAGUCCAUGAGGUUGUAGGCAGUGGUUCGAAAGAUGACGCUGGGUUUGAAGACAUCACCUCUUUGAUCAAAAAGUUUCACACUUUUCUUCAGGAUGGAAACAAAGAGAGCCAAGCCCUGCUCAAAGACGUUUAUUCCAAUUACAUUUCAUCGCGCCAUUCGAAACUUGAGAAGGUAACAACCGUGGCAGUAUCCACCACACCAUUGCGCGACUUGAAAGCAUUUCCGACACAGAAGAACGUGUUUGUGGAGGUGACUACGACACCAGAUAUGAAACUCCUGAACAAUAGACACAGUGUGAUGAACGUGACCAGAUGGGACGAUGUCAUGGAGUACAUCUGUCAGUGUCUUGGGCUUGAGUUUGAUGAAUCGGACUUCGAGUCUUCGUCUGAUGAGGACGACGAGAGCGCAACUGAAGGUGAGUCAAGUCAGGACAUAGUCAGUCCUACCGAGGGACUGAAUAGUAUGAGAGGCCAAUCAAGGAGUGUGGAGGCCCAUGGGAAGUUUGAGGGUAAACAGAGAUGGAGCGACUUGGUGAAGGAUGUCGAGGAUGCAUUGAAUGAAACCCUUUGA